AUGUCUGCUUUUUACUCUACAGCCAACCUCUUCACCUUCUACGUGAUUAGGUUUCGCAAGUGUGGCAUGUCCGAGACGGCCGCCAUCUACCUGAGCUCGCUGGCCGUCGUGGACUCCUGCUACCUGGUGUGGGUGAUCCUGCUGGACCUGACCUUGACCUUCGCACAGGCGCAGCCCUUCUGGCACGCCCAGCCCUGGUGCAGGAUCCUGACCUACCUGCAGCACGGCUCCCUGUACAGCUCCUCGUGGAUCGUGGUGGGCUUCACCGUAGAGCGCUACCUUGCGCUCAGGAUCACCGGCCUCAAGAGGCGCCUCUCUCGGUGCAGGGUCACGGUCUGCGUCACCCUGAUGAUCGUCGUCUUCUCCCACGUCGCAUCGGUCCCAGUGUACUGGAUCAACGACGUCAAGCCGACGAACCUCACCAGGGACGGCGAGAACGUCACCUUGCCCAGGUGCAGCUAUAACAACACGGAGUAUUCCACGGUGCUGGUCUGGAUCACCACCUUCCUCUCUGGGGGAAUCCCCAUUCUCCUAGUCAUCGUCUUUAACACUCUGAUAGGACACCACCUCCGGAGGGCCAGCAAGAUGUUCACCAAGGAGGAGAGGCGAGCCAUCAAAGGGGCCAGCGCCAAGAGCAUGGUCAGAAGAACCAUCUUACUGCUCUGCACAGUGUCCAUCACCUUUGUAGUCUUGAGUCUCCCGCGGUUUGUGACAUAUUGCAUCUUAAGAACCACCUACAACUACCAAGGCUUCAACAGAGACGACUACAGCCUGCCCAUCAAUGUCAUCAGUGACCUGGCCAACAUGCUGCAGAAUCUAAACUCCUCCACCAACUUCCUCUUGUACUGCAUGGUGAGCAGGAGGUUCAGGCAGGAGCUGCUCGGCUUGCUGGCUCACAGGAGCAGAGCGAGGGAACUUGGGUCCCUCACCGCCCAGACAACCAUGAAAGUGUUUUCUGUCAUGGAUCGUCCAGCCCACAAUGCAAGGGUGGUGAACGUGGUUCUCACAAAACUGAAGCAAACUCAGUAG